GAUGAUGUGGUCGAGUCGGAAGAGGAAGCAGAGGACACAUCAGGACCAGAUUUCAAUUACAUUCUGGGUAUGCCACUUUGGAACUUGACCAAAGAGAAGAAAGAUGAGCUCUGCAAACAGAGAGAUCUCAAGGCAGAAGAACUGAGGUUAUUGAGAACGAAAACCCCGAAAGAUUUGUGGAGGGAUGACCUGGAAGCCUUACUAGUGGUUCUUGAUGAAGUGGAGCGAAUGGAAAAGGAUACGGGAACAGCUGAGAAGCCAAAAGUCAAGAAACCACUUGUGGAUGUCAUGCCAUCACCCAUGGGCAGGAGGGUGGUGCCAAAGAUCAGCUCGGCCCUCAAAGCCAAAGGGGAGAAAGAUGCCGCUAGGAAAACUUUCAAGGACAGGAUCAACACUGAGGAAAUGGAAGAUGGUGACACUAGAAGCAGUAGUUUUGAUGCUGUCAAAGUGGAAGAGGAUGGGGUUUCUGUCACCUCAGCUCGAGGUAGAGGAGGAGGUAGAGGUGGAAGAGGCAGGGGUAGAGGUGGAGCUUCUGGAGUGCCAAAAUCCAGAAAACAGAAAAAGAAGAACCCAUGGUCUGACAGUGAGGAAUCAGACAUAUCAAACGUCAGCGACUUGGAUGAUACUACAGGGUUUGGGUCAGAUGUUGUCAUACCUAGAGACACAGCUCGCAGGGCAGCAGCUAAAAAGGUCAGUUACACCUUUGAUAAUGAAGAGGAAGUGGAAAGCGAUGAAGAUGUUGGAGGUUUUGUUGCUUAUGAUCCUGAAACAGGAGUUAUGGCGAACGAGAAUGGAGCAGCAGAAUAUUUAGAUGCAGACCUUUAUGAUGAUGAUGGUGAGGAUAAUCCAAAGCUAUCCAUUGAAAGGGAAAAGCCUAAACCCAAGCCUGAGCCCAAGCCUGCGAAGGCAGCUGCUAACAAGAAGACAACUGCGAAGCCGGCAACCAAGAAAGUUUUGGAUCUGUCAGAUUUGUCAGGAGACAGUGGAGAUGAGGACAAACCUUCCAGGGCAGCACUUAGCAAUAAGGAGUUGUACCCACUUACUGAUGAUGACGACGAGGAUGACAUAUUUAAACCUAAGCCGGCGAGCAAACCAUUGGCCUCAAAAACUGAGGGAAAAGGUGCAGGUCCCAAGAAAGCAGUUAAGAAAAUACCAGCUCUAGCAUUGGAUGAUAACGGAGCCAAACCAGCCAAGAAGGCUCCAGCCAAAAAACGUGCUAAAGAAAUUGUUAUUGAUUCUGAUUCAGACAGUUUCAUCCCAGCUAAAAAGGCAGCCAAAGGAAAAAAAAAAGUAACCAAGAACAUUGACUCAGAUGAUGAAAAUGACAUGAUUGCAGCCCCGCUAGAGCCCAGAGCACCCAUAGGCAGGGCCAAGGCUGCGGUCAAGUAUAACUUCUCCAGUGACGACGAGGAUUUUGAAUAG